UUGAGACGAAAAAUGCCUGUAAUCGGCAAAAUGUAAACACCUUUCCCUGCCUCGAGGCCAAGUCGAUUACGGAACUCUAUCUCGAUACCUUCCCGGUUGUCGGAGUCGUCCCUCAUCUCCCUCUUAUUAGGGUUUUUAAAGAUCAUAUUUAAUUAACCUCCGGCGAUCGAAACUUUCAUUCAGAGUGAGAACUACUCGCUGAUUGCGGAUCACGUAGUCGAUGGAUUGGGGGAACGUGACGACGGAGGAUCUAAUCGACGCCCUUCGAGAGGUCGAGUGGUCUUCACCCCCUCGUCCGGUCUCUGAAUUCUUUUCCCGAUUCACCUUCCCGAGGUCUUACUCCAAAUGGAACAGCCGAUUGAAGUGCAACCUUUACUACUACAGGACGAACUACUUUGUAAUGAUCAUCUUCAUUCUUGGAAUGGGAUUUCUGCGGAAGCCACUUUCCAUUAUUGCUUCACUAUUGAUGGCCUUGAGCAUCGUUUUUUUGAAUGACAGUUUUGCAGUUUCAUUCAAUGAAAAGGUAACGAGGACUGUUAGGAAAUUCUCCCCCCAUUUGGCUGCAAAAAUGCGGCCGCCAAUAAUGCCUGUUCUUCGGGGGCGGCCAUCAUCAAAAAGGGCAAUUCAUAUAUGUGGCUGGCCUCGCUGGGUGUUUGUCAUGAUAUUUUCAGGAGCUAGUUGCAUCCUAUGGUUUACUUCUUCUAGCCUUCUCACAGUAUUGUGGGCACUGGCAAUUGGUCUUUUAGCGACAUUACUUCAUGCCAGUUUUAAAACUCCCAAUCUGAAAGCACGUCUUAAUACAUUCCGCGAGGAAUUUCGUGCAGUAUGGAGAAAUUAUAGUGAUCUGUAGCCUUUGAGCUCAUAAUUUCUGUCUGGAAAGUGGCAUGCUAUUCGAAUGGCCGACUGAUUGCUUAAAUGCGCAAAGCCUGUAUCAGGUGGCCAGUUUCAGCUUCUGCAGACUUAAUGUGGCUGAUACUUCAGAGGAAAAAUAUGCUGACCAAAUUGAGUCAGAAUGGGUUUUAUAGUCAUUUGUAUGUGUUGAAAUAAGUGCAAUAUAAAAUUUAAUUAUUUUGCACUCAUCUCAAAACGAAUCUAAUGGUUAUAAACUUCAUCCAUAUCUAAUUUGGUAAGAAUAUUUUUACCUAAAUUUUCUCAUAGUGUAGAUGUUUUAUUAGUCCAGUUUAGUGCAUCUGUAUUCAGGUACUGAGUUGAGGCCCUUGUGAAUGUAACAUGCAAAUUGUGUCUCCAUAUGAUUUUGUUUCAUUAAGUAAUUACCAUACAAUAUUUACAUUAUAUUCACAAGAAAUAGGUGGUGUUGAUGUAAGAAAAUACAAGUCAUGAUGAUGAUGAUGAUGAUAAAAA